UCUCUCUCACCCAGACAUGGAAUGCUCCGAACACUCACCUUCAUAGCCCGAGCAGCCAUGGCGUCCCCCAAACACGUCCCCAUCCCUAAAAAUGGCGUCGAUUACCGCGGUAAAGUUGUACUUGCGCCGAUGGUGCGGUCCGGGGAACUUCCUUCACGAUUACUUGCAUUGAAAUAUGGCGCCGAUCUGGUAUGGGGUCCGGAAACGGUUGACCGAGCGAUAAUAGGCACAAGGCGCCGCCUGAAUCCACAUACGAACACAAUUGAAUUUUCUCGUCUGCCUACAUCCAAGAUAAAGAAUCCAACGCUUGAUCCUUCUAAUCGUGAAAGCGUGAUCUACCGAAUACAUCCCGAGCUCGAGCGAGGAAGGCUGAUAUACCAAGUCGGCACCGCAAAUCCCGAUCUUGCAGUCCAAGCCGCGAGGAUAGUCGCACCGGAUGUCGCAGGUAUCGAUGUGAAUGCAGGAUGUCCAAAGCCUUUUUCGACCGCUGGAGGAAUGGGCGCAGCGCUGUUGAAGACACCAGACCUCCUCUGCAGUAUCUUGGAGAAAUUAGUCGAAGAAGUGGGGAAAGAGUUUGAGAUAGGAAUCAGCGUCAAAAUCCGGCUGCUAGAAACCGCCUCAGAAACGGAAGCCCUAGUCAGACAAUUAGUAGCAACAGGUAUAACCGGCCUAACCAUCCACUGCAGAACCACUCCUAUGCGACCUCGCGAGCGCGCCAUCCGCGACCAACUCAAACUGGUCGGCUCUAUAUGUCGCGAAGCCGGCGUUGCAUGCCUGAUGAACGGCGACAUAACCUCGCGCUCCGAAGCCCUCAACCUCAUCCGCGAAUACAACGUUGACGGCGCCAUGAUCGCCACCGAGGCUGAGAAAAAUCCCAGUUGCUUCCGCCCUGACGCAGAAGGCGGCCCGCAUGAAUGGAAAUCUGCGUGGAAGAACGUCGUCGCUGAGUACAUAAGGUUUGCUCUACAAGUCGAGAAUCGGUGGGGGAAUACAAAGUACCUUCUUGGCCAGAUGAUUCCGGGGAAAGAUAAAUGCUAUGUGGAGAUGAAUCAAUCUAAGUGCUACCAGGACGUGAUUAAAGCGCUAGGUUUUGAGGAUGCGGAGGGGGUUUUGGAGAAGGCGAAGGCGGUCGAUCGGCGUUUGGGACUGCCACCCCAGGAAUCGAGAGCAACGAAACGAGCGCGAGUGAGGGAGCACACGAAGAGCGAUGCGCCAGUUGAAAGUCUGAAGAGUAAUCAAAAGCCCGAAGAAGAACCGGAAACAAAACGGAUCAAGGCCGUUGAGGCGCCGAUGGAAAUCCCGAUUCCUCCUCAAGAGAUGGUUGCACCAGCGGUGCUCUCUGUGUAAUGUCUUUCUACUAUGGAUAUGGGAGGGAACUGAUAUUGCCGGUUUGGGGGACUCUGGGGUUAUGCAUAGCAUAGGUUGAAUAAGAUGGCGUUUGUAGCAUUUAUAAAAGCGAAUGAGUAUGUAUAGAAUUUUCUUUCAGGAAGGCUCACAUGGGAAGGGGGUUCAUGACAUUGGUUACGGAGGCCAAGGCCACUCACGUAGCAAUUUACAUACGUGUUUUCAUACACAA